AUGGUCAUCAUCAUCGGAGGCGGCCCGGCCGGGCUGCUUGCAGCGCUUCAACUCCACCAGAGCAACGGGCUGUCGCCUGUGGUCUACGAAAUCCGACAAAAGCCAACCACACUCGGCGGGGCCGUAGGGAUCCCGUCCAACGGCCUCCGUCUCCUGCAUCGUCUUGGCCUGUACGACGAAGUCGCGGCCAAGGGUGCUCUGACGCCAAAGCUUGUCCUGCACGCCCUAAAGGGCUGUGUCAUGGGCGAGAUGGACCUUUCGUCGUGGAGCAAGCAGCAGACCGGAUUCGGGUACAUGCGGAUCCAACGAACCGACUUGAUGGACAUCUUGAUACGUGCCGCGAAGCAGGCGGACAUCCAAGUCCGCUAUGCGAAAGUCUUGCAAAAGAUCGAGGAAAACGACGACAAGGUCAUUGUUCACUUUGCGGAUGGGACGGUGGACACAGCCGACUUCCUCCUCGGCUGCGACGGAAUCCACUCUGCUGUGCGGAGGCUGUACGUCGAUCCGAAAUGCAAACCCGAGUACACGGGCUUCUCCAACAUGUUCUCCCUCGUCCCGACGGCGAACCUCACACCCGCCGCGUCAUCGGUCCGGACUCUGAGCGCAACCCUCACCGCCAACGGCCUCUUCGCGCUUACUCCCACUACACCGAACUGCGACCUCCUGUACUGGUUCUUCUCGCGCGAGAUUCCCCUCCCGGCCAUUGGCGACGUGCGUGACGGAUGGGAGGAGCGCGGCAAGAACGAGUCAGACAACUUCAAGUCUACCCUCCUCGACCUCUUGGGCCACGAAAGGUCAGAAUGGACCGACAUGGUGCGAGAGGUCCUGCAUAACACCAAGUCGGUCCAGUUCUAUCCGAUCUACAAGAUUCCCAGGGGCCGGCCGUGGUCGCGAGGUCGUUGCCUAGUCAUCGGCGACGCCGCGCACGCGAUGCCGCCGCACGCGAGCCAGGGGGUCUCGAUGGCGCUCGAGGACGUCUUCCUGCUCUCGAAGCUUCUGAGGAGCGACGUACCCAGCAUCGCGGACGGCCUGCUGGCGUACGAGGCCAAGCGGAAGCAGAGGACAGAACAGAUGCUCGACGCGGCGGAGCGCAACGGGUCGGUGCGCAAGCAGACGGCCCCCUGGCGCCUCCGGGCGAGCGAGCUGGCGAUCUCGGGGGGGCUGUGGGUGUACAAGAUGGCGGGCCUGGAGAAGUUGGGGCUGGGGCAGAAGCCUCUGGCCUACGACGUUGAGGAAGAAGAGUUUUGA